AUGUCAAAUCCUUCGUCACUCCAUGAAGACAAAGACAGUGCAUCUCUACCCCAGCGUAAGAGAGAAGCGCCAACGCGUAUGAUAGAUGGGAAAGAAGUCGAGCUUCACACGUGGAAUGGUCCUCACGACCCUGACAACCCGUUCAAUUGGUCUAACAAGUACAAAUGGUUCUUGACAAUUACUGUCUGCUUCAUCUCCAUCUUAACAGGUCUCCCGGCUGGAUCUUACGGUGCUGGUAACGAGUGGAUGGCGACUCGCUUCAACGUUCAGAAUGAACCGUUUCCGAACCUCUAUUGGGCGACAUGCUCAUGGAAUAUGGGCGCUGCUCUCUUCCCACUCCUAUUCGUGCCUUUGACCGAGAACACUGGUCGUAUGCCUGGGUACUUCGUCGCAUACAUCGUCUUCGAAUUGUUCCUUUUUGGGUCAGCUUUUGCUGGUAACUUUGCAACCCUAGUCGUCACCCGUUUCUUCGGUGGUGGUGCAUCAUCCGUUUCUAUCAACAUCGUCGGUGGUAGCAUCAGCGAUGUAUGGAGAGGUGACAAAGCUCGAAGUUUGCCAAUGUCCAUCUUCGGCUUCACGUCCGUCGCUGGUAUCGCUCUCGGACCGUUUGUGGGUAGCGCGAUCGUACAGAUCGGCUAUCCUUCCACUGGGCUGCAAUCCCCAUGGCGUUGGAUUUACUACAUUCAAAUCAUUUACAACGCCGCUCUAAUUCCCGUUUUCUACAUCAUCCUCAAGGAGACCCGUGGCGACGUCAUCCUGAAGAAGCGCGCCCAGAAGAUUCGCAAAGACACCGGUCGCGAAGUCUACGCCGAAUCCGAGCUCGACAAGCCUUCAAUAGCCAAUUUACUCAAGGUCUCUUUCAUGCGACCAACAAAGAUGUUGCUCACCGAACCCGUCGUCACUUUUUUCACCCUUUGGAUUAGUUUCGCGUGGGGUAUUCUGUUCCUAUUCUUCUCCUCCGUCGUACAAACCUUCAGCGCAAGCUACGGUUUCGGAACUUUCCAAACUGGUCUCAUCCAACUGUCCAUCACCGUCGGAGCGCUGAUUGGAACGCUCAUCAAUCCGAUACAAGACUGGAUGUACCUCCGCACUGCAUCUAAGAACCAGGAGCGCCCUGGUAAGCCCAUUCCGGAAGGCCGUUUAUACACCAGUAUCCCUGGUUCGCUACUCUUCACCGCUGGUCUUUUCUUAUAUGGCUGGACAUGUCGACCGGAGAUUCACUGGAUCGUGCCUGCGAUAGGAAUCUGUAUGGUGGGUGUGGGCAUCUAUUCCAUCUACAUGGGGGUAGUCAACUACCUCACCGACGCUUACGAGAAGUAUGCUGCUUCCGCGCUUUCUGCCGCAUCUCUCGGUCGUAACUUAUUCGGCGCUUUUCUACCUCUCGCUUCCUACUCGCUUUUCAAGAAUCUAGGUUUCGGCUGGGCAGGCAGUUUACUUGGUUUCGUUGGAUUGGCAUUGAGUCUGGUACCGGUGGUACUACUCAUAAAGGGUCGCCAGAUCCGCGCGAAGAGUCCGUUCAUGUCGGAAGCCACAUUUGAUGAUGGUGGUGACGAAGAUAUGGAUGACAGGAAAAACAUUCAUAAUCAUCGGGGCACUUUUGGGCCCGCGGGUGUUGCAGGUGGACCGCCUGGUGGAGUGGACGAUGCUGUCUAA